CAUCCGUGUUCAAAUAUUGCAAUUUGUGUGCCUCGGGAAAGCAGAAACCCCCAGAUCCCGAUCAAAGCUGUUUUCCAUCAUGCCUAGCUCCAGUCGAGAUAAAGCUGCAGAAAGCGAACUGCCGGAAGGGAUAAAGGAAAGGAUUUUGGAGCGGAUGCCCACUCGAGACGCCGCCAGAAGUGCUCUGCUCUCAACUCAGUGGAGGGAUGCUUGGCACCGCCAAGGGCGGCUCAUCUUUGGCAGGGCCUUCUUCAACUCCGUUGAAAACAGUAAAUUUUCUCGGGACGGCCGCCUGUCUGCGGUAAGCAUAAUAAACAACAUUCUCCUCCUCCGGGCAGCACCUAUAAAGAAAUUCACCUUAAACAUAUAUCGCUCAUAUGACCUGCCGUCGCCGAAACAGUCUGAUAUAGACCGGUGGUGUCUUUUUCUUUCAAGAAACGGCGUUGAGGAACUUCACCUCUCUGCUCGUUAUGCCGGACAAAAGUAUAAGGUACCAUCCUGUCUAUUGUCAUGCAAGACCAUCAAGCAACUGACACUUGAUCGUUUCGUGUUUUACUUGCCGGCAAAUGCUCCCUGUAUAUUCUCCGGGCUGUCGUCGUCAAAUUUCAGAAGGGUGGAGUUCAGGGGUAAAGAUAAGAGACUGGUCUUUAGCAUGCCGAAGCUUGAGAAGCUGGAUAUCUAUACGUGUGCUGGUAUUCCUAAUUUUGUCGCCAAAGCUCCCAAUCUUAAAAGUUUGUCUCUAUUUGGUUCUCUAGGGAGGACUGGGAGCAGAUUGCUCAGGUUCCAUUUGAGCUCCAUUAGUAGGCUACAUCUCUGUUUGGAGAGGGCUGCUGCGAUGGCCUCAGUCUUCCCAACUGAGGCAAUAAAUCUGCAAGAACUCAAGCUUGAUGGCUUCAAUUUUGGUUUUAACUACCAUCUUGCCUUUGUGGUCAAAUUACUUAAAAAGUCCCCCAAGCUAUGGGCGCUGCAGAUUAAUAUUCAGGAAGGUUCUGAAAAUGCAGAUCCAACACUUUUGGAGGAUCUUAGUAAAGAGGAUUUGAGGAUGCUUGAGACCGUGAAACUCGAUGAGUUUACAGGAACCCAAAUCGAAAUGUGCCUUGUGAGAUUGUUACUGUUGAUGGUAUUGGCCCAUCUCUCUUGGCUUGAUCCAUUCCCGUGUCAUCCUUGGUCCACCUCUAUUUAAUAGUUUGGUCUCCUAUUAAAUGAUCUGGCCCAUUUGAGCUGUCAGCCUGACUCAGCCCAUCCGCCCACUUUGUUUUCUAUCCAGCCCGUGACCCUGUGGCCCCUUGAUAUAUUUGUCUGGAUGUCUCCAGAACCUCCUAUUUGAUCCUCUCCUCUUUCUCUCUACACGAUGAGACACUCAGUGCGUUGCCCCUUUCCUAGAGUGAGAGAGAGUCUGAAUCACCUGUGUGCUGUGCUCCGGUCAGCCUCCGGUGACCUUUGGGGACCCUUUGUUGGGCUUCACUCUGGUCAGGUUGUUUGGGUGGGUUGUUCUCCGUUGGGUUCUCUGGGCGUGGCUGGGGGGUUUGGGUACCAUACGAGAGUGUAGAUGGUUGUUGCCCUUCAUCUCCCCUGAACUGCAACCUUGGUGGUGGAUGUGAGCUUGCCUUAGGGCUGUUGGUGUUUGAGGUCUGAGCUGGUAGAGGAUCCUGACAGUGGUAUCAGAGCUUGGACGCCGCCUCUCACUGACGCCGGGAACUCGCCGGAGACAGGGACCAUCCAAACCGGUAACGCCAGGUGCUCCGUCGGAGAUUGGUAAGUCGGGUGUCGUUUCAGUGACACCCGCUCAGGUAUAAGUCUGAAACCCUAACCUCUGGGCUGCCGGAGUGCCACCGGCCUCUGUGUUGCAUGGGUGGACUUGUAACCCUAGGUUAUAAAUCUGCCGAGUAGAAACCCUAGAACAACCCUUGCAUGUACAGUAUCUGUUAGCACAGAUCUGUAGAAACCCUAGGUGUAAUUCGGUUGUGCAUGAGUGGACCAAUCUGUGUCGAACUUGGCCACUGAUUAUCUGUGGACUCUGAUUGGCAUAUUAAUCUGACUCUUUGAGUGUCUUAGUCAUUGAUCUGCCACCCUUGUGUGUUUACCUCUGAACUCUUCCUAGCAUUAUUGUACUCUGCUCUUUACUGUUGUAUUGCCUGUUUAAUCUCUGCUCAGUCUGUCUGGCUCUACUCUCUAGUCUGAGUUCUGGUAAUUGUGUAGCUUUGAACCCCUAGUUGGCUAAGGCACCUGAGGUUAGGGCUAAGGGAUACCCUGCCAGCCACUUCAGUGGCCCCGGAACUGCGUGGUCUCUUAGUCCGCAGCCUGAUCCUCUAGGGUUAAGCUUUUAUAUUACCUGAAUUUCAGUUGUUGAGUGUAAUCUGUUACCAUGGCUUCUAACCUAUAUGGAAUGAUGCCUUUUAAUGGUAAAACUGACUUUGAUAUAUGGAAACAAAAGAUUAAAUGUGUGUUAAUUCAACAGAAAGUGUUCAGAGCUGUUACUAAUCAAUACUUAGAAACUGAGGAUAAACCUAAACAAGUUGAGAUGAAUGAGACAGCCUGUUCAACAAUAUACUUAAACCUGUCUGACUCUGUCCUUAGAAAGGUUGGAGUCAUUGAGUCUGCUAAGGCCCUCUGGGAUAAAUUAGAAUCUCUAUAUACGGAUACUUCCCUUCCUGGUAAACUGUUUUUGUUGGAAAAGUUUUUUAGGUUCAGACUUGACCUAACAAAAGAUAUUGAUGAAAACCUUGAUGUUUUUAAUAAACUAAUCCAAAACAUUAAGCAGGCUGGGGAUAAACAUAUAGAUGAUUACACUGCAAUAGUUUUGCUAAAUGCCAUACCUGAUUCCUAUAAUGAUGUUAAGUCAGCCAUUAAGUAUGGGAGGGAUGAUAUUACCCUAGAUAUUGUUAUUAAUGGUCUGAGAAGUAAAGAAUUGGACUUAAAACAUUCUAGAAGUCAUCAUAGGGAAUCUGGGGAAGCUCUGCUUGUUAGAGGAAGGUCUAAAAGCAGGUCUAGGCAUCCUAAGAAGGAUAAUCAUGACAAAGGAAAUAAGCAAACUGGAAAGAAGAGGUUUAAGUCUAGAAAAAGGGUUUGUUACAACUGUGGUAACCCAGGACAUUACAUAAAAGACUGUACCCAACCUAAAAAGAAUGACCAGGCUAAUGUUGUGACCAAUAAGGAUGUAGAAGAUGAUGUCUUUAUGGUCUGUGAUGAAGCCAAUUCUGUGCUUAGUAGUUUGACUGAAACUGAAUGGUUAAUAGACUCAGGUUGUACCUACCAUAUGACUCCUUUUAGAAAUCUGUUUUCAUCCUAUAGCUUAUGUGACACUGGUUUUGUUUCCUUAGCUGAUAGUAAAAGGUGUAAGGUCCUUGGUAUUGGUGACAUCUGUCUAAAAUUUGAAAAUGGAACUGUCUUUCAAAUAAAAAAUGUUAGACAUGUACCUGAUUUAAGACACAACCUGUUUUCAGUAUCUGCUUUUGAAGAAGGUGGUCUUGAGGGUAAAUGGGGAAAUGGGUGUAUGAAAAUCUUAAAAAACUCCCUUGUUUUGUUCAAAGCUUUGAAACAGAACAAUCUGUAUGUUGUCCAUGCUAAACCUUUUUCUGAAAAUGCUAAUGCUGUACUUAAUGACAAGUCUGUGCUUUGGCACCAACGACUUGGUCAUAUGAGUAAUAAAGGAUUAAACAUUUUGCAUAAAAAUGGGUGUUUUGGAACUGACUUGGUGUCACCUAUACCAUUCUGUGAAGGUUGUGUUCUAGGUAAACAACAUAGGGUUCAAUUUCCUGUCUCUAGCUAUCCUAGUGAACCUAAGUCCAAAACUGUCCUUGACUACAUACAUGCUGAUGUGUGAGGUCCUUCCAGUGUCCCUACCCAUGGGGGUAGGAGGUAUUUCUUGUCUAUAAUUGAUGACUUUUCUAGAAAAGUCUGGGUUUGUUUGUUAGAACAUAAAUCUGAUGUGUACAUUAAGUUUAAAGAAUGGAAAAUUAUGAUAGAAAACCAAACUGGAUGUAAGGUUAAAACCCUUAGAACUGACAAUGGCUUAGAAUUUUGCAAUAAUGACAUGGAUAAGUUGUGUAUUGAAAAUGGGAUUAGGAGACACAAAACUGUGCCCUAUACUCCCCAGCAAAAUGGUUUGGCUGAGAGAAUGAAUAGGACCCUCCUUGAUAAGGUUAGAAGUAUGCUUGCUACUUCUGGUCUCCCCAAGAAGUUUUGGGGAGAAGCUGUGAACACUGCUGUCUAUUUAAUCAAUAGAUCCCCUUCUGUGCCUUUAGGGGGUAAAACCCCUGAAUCUGUUUUCUCUAGAAAGCCCAUUGAUCUGUCAAACUUAAGAGUUUUUGGGUGUGCUGCCUUUGUGCACCAACAAACUGACAAACUUGAUCCUAGGUCUAAAAAGUGUGUUUUCCUAGGUUACCCUGAAGGUGUAAAAGGCUAUAGGGUAUGGGAUAGAAAUCAACCUGGUUUUAAAGUCAUUAUAAGCAGAAAUGUUGUGUUUAAUGAAAUUGAUUUUCCCUGCUUAGUUAAGACUGUGACUGACCAUCAAACUGAACCUGAUGGCACCCCUCCAAGUGAGGUGGAGCCUAUCCAACCUGCUCCCACCCCUCUGUUUAAUGAAUCUGAGCCUCAAGAUAAUUCUGACCUUACCAACACUAUGCAUGAUACCCACUCUACCCACAGUGAGGUGGAGCAGCACACUGAUUCAAACAAUAGUGAGACUAUGCAUGAAGUGUUUACUGAAAAUGAGUCUGUUGAUAACUCUCAUGAUAUUGAGGAUCAAGGUCUAGAAGGUAUCAACUGGCUAGAGAUAGAGUUAGGAGAAAUAUAAGGAAAAUUUCUGAUAGCAUGACUGAUUAUGCUUUUCAUCUCUAUGAUACUUCCUUGUUUGCCUUCUCUGUUUUUGAAACUCUUGAUUUGAAUGAACCUAAAACCUAUCAGGAAGCCCUUGCCUCUAAAGAAUCUAAAAAUUGGCUUAGUGCUAUGCGAAGUGAAAUAGAUUCCCUUAAGUUGAAUAAAACUUGGACCCUAGUCCCUAGGGCUCCUAAUUGUUCUGUUGUUGAGUGCAAAUGGCUUUUCAAAGUUAAGGAGGAACCUAAUGAUAUUAGGUUUAAGGCUAGGUUAGUUGCCAAAGGUUUCACUCAAAAAGAAGGGGUAGAUUAUGCUGAAAUUUUUGCUCCUGUAGUGAAGUUUACUACAAUUAGGUUGAUGCUUGCUCUAGUUGCCCAUAAUGACUGGGAAAUGAAACAGAUGGAUGUUACCACUGCCUUUUUACAUGGUGAACUUGAUAAGCAGAUUUUUAUGACCCAACCUGAGGGUUUUGUUGACCCUAAGUACCCUAGACAUGUCUGUCUACUUAGGAAGGCCCUCUAUGGCCUAAAACAAUCACCUAGACAGUGGAACAUUAAAUUUGACAAAUGCAUGACUUCCUUGAGUUUCAAAAGGUCUGAUUCUGACCCUUGCAUGUAUUUUAAGAAUACUGACUUUGUACUUGUUUUCUUGUUGAUCUAUGUGGAUGAUAUGCUCAUUAUUAGCCCCUCAGUGAAUGCAAUUAAGAAUGUUCAAAAGUGUCUAUGUGAGAAUUUUGCUAUGAAGGACCUAGGAGAUGCUAAGAGAAUCUUAGGGAUUGAUAUCAUUAGGGAUAGGAGUAGAUGUACCCUUACCCUUAAUCAGGUCUCCUACCUUGAUAAGGUUCUGAAAAAAUUUAACAUGAAUUCUGCCCUACCUGUUAAUGUGCCUCUAGCUCCUCAUUUUGUCCUAAGUAAGGAUCAGUCUCCUAAGACUGGCCCUGAAACCGAUAUGAUGAAGUCUGUACCCUAUUCCAAUGCAAUAGGGUCGGUUAUGUAUCUCAUGGUAAGCACCAGGCCUGAUAUUGCCUAUGCAGUCAGCUGCUUAAGCAGAUAUAUGGCCAACCCUGGGAUGCCUCAUUGGAAUGCCCUGAAAUGGUUGCUUAGGUACCUUAAGGGUACCACCUCUCAUGGUCUUGUGUUUUCUAAAUCUGAUUCUGGUAUUUGUCUUACUGGCUAUGUUGAUUCCAAUUAUGCAAAUGAUAGGGAUAAUAGGAAGUCUACUACUUCUUAUAUUUUUACUUUGUGUGGUUCUUGCAUAAGUUGGAAAUCCCAACUUCAGCCUAUUGUUGCACUUUCUACUACUGAAUCUGAAUACGUUGCAGCAACUGAGGCCUUUAAAGAGGCUAUCUGGCUGAAACGUAUUCUAUCUGAAAUUGGUUUUCUUAGACAGGUUGUAACUAUGUACUCUGACAGCCAGUCUGCUAUACAAUUAUGCAAAAAUCUAGUAUUUCAUGACAUGACCAAGCACAUUGAUGUCAGGUUCCACUUCAUCAGGGACAUUGUUGACAAAGGAGGGGUGAAGCUAUGCAAAAUAGCUUCUGAAUUCAACCCUGCUGAUAUGGGGACUAAAUGUCUCACUUUUGAAAAACUGUUUUCUUGUAAACGUAUUCUUAAUUUAGAUUGUGGCUGAUGAGAACAGAUUAAAACAAGAAAAACCGGCGAUGAUGAUACUCCCUUUCACAUUUGUGCUCUACACCACCAAGGGGACCAAUAAGGUGGAGAUUGUUGAUGGUAUUGGCCCACCUCUCUUGGCUUGAUCCAUUCCCGUGUCAUCCUUGGUCCACCUCUAUUUAAUAGUUUGGUCUCCUAUUAAAUGAUCUGGCCCAUUUGAGCUGUCAGCCUGACUCAGCCCAUCCGCCCACUUUGUUUUCUAUCCAGCCCGUGACCCUGUGGCCCCUUGAUAUAUUUGUCUGGAUGUCUCCAGAACCUCCUAUUUGAUCCUCUCCUCUUUCUCUCUACACGAUGAGACACUCAGUGCGUUGCCCCUUUCCUAGAGUGAGAGAGAGUCUGAAUCACCUGUGUGCUGUGCUCCGGUCAGCCUCCGGUGACCUUUGGGGACCCUUUGUUGGGCUUCACUCUGGUCAGGUUGUUUGGGUGGGUUGUUCUCCGUUGGGUUCUCUGGGCGUGGCUGGGGGGUUUGGGUACCAUACGAGAGUGUAGAUGGUUGUUGCCCUUCAUCUCCCCUGAACUGCAACCUUGGUGGUGGAUGUGAGCUUGCCUUAGGGCUGUUGGUGUUUGAGGUCUGAGCUGGUAGAGGAUCCUGACAGUUACUCUCAAAUUCGCCUGCACUCCACCACGUUGUCAUUCGUGAAGCUAUAGAUAUCAAUGAGUCUUUGGCUUCAGCGGCCCCAAAGAAACUGUUAAGCUUUCCUCGUUCGUCUCCGAUAGCACAAAUUGUCUACAAGGACGACUACAAACCCCUGUAAAAGAAAGAUCUUGUGGCAUGUUAACAAGUUAUCGACUUCUGGCCCGCCUUAUGGGAAUAUUUUGCCAGUUAAUUUGACCGGCCUUGUGGUAUGAAAGUUUUUGCCAGACAUGUAUCGAAAAAGUUGAAAUUCCAUGUAUAGAAGAUGCAACUAACUAACUAAGGAAUAGGCUUAUCCUGAAGGUGUAUGGAAAUCGUUUUGUUGUGUACGUUGUUACUGGUAGGCGCUAGGCAGUUCGUAUGUACCGUACGUGACAAAUUGUCUCUCUUUUUGUUUUGUAAAGGUUAGCAAUUUGUCAUGAUCGAUAUUUCACUUCUUGUGUAGCAACUUUCUACUUGAUCAAAUCUCUAAGAUUUUUUUCCCUGUGAAAGCGCAAAAUGGCAAAGCCAACUUCUAUUUCUAUACUUUCUUAAUUUUGAGCUAGUCCUUUUUUGCUAUUCAAUUUGUGACAAAUGGAGUAUUAUUUCUCUCAUAUUAAAAAUUAAUUCAUUAUUCCUUUUACUUAAGCUUAAUUUAUAUUAGAAUAUUCUUUAUACUUUCUUUAGUGUCUCGAUUCCAAUAGGAAUCUAAAUUUGAUUUUGUUAUUUUGAAACUUGUUAAAUAUUAAAGUUGUGAGUUAUUUUUUUAAACUUUGCCUUAAUACUGAUUCUUCCUCACCUAUGUUAAUGUUGAGGUGUGUCAUAUUGAUGAUUGGUUAGUGAUUUAAAAUUGAAUCAUAAAAUCAGAGCAAUGUAUAUAUAUGAAGUUUUUUUUUGAUCGUAUAUAUAUGAAGUUGAAGAGUGAGUCAAUAUCUUCAUGUCAUCGAUAUGUAGUAUGCUAACUAUAUUGGAGGGUAAUUUUUCAGCCAACAAGUUAACGUGUAUUACUAUAUCACAUAGUCUAUUGGGUGGGACACAUUGUAACGUGCAAAAGAUGAGUAUAGCACAGAUACACAUGCUACAUUAGAUGUGUGGAUAUAAUUGAAAAGACUGCUUGAAAAAUGAGACUAUCAGACAAAAGGUGAGAGAAACACAAAUGAGACUAUCAGACAAAAGGUGAGAGAAACACUUAUUAAAUAUACGAUGUGUGAGUCUCAAUUGUGAUGGUUUGGUAAUGUUUUUAGAGCACCGAGUGAUGUACCUCUUGGACAAUUUCAUAGGCGUGGGGAGAGAGAAAAUUCAAAGAGACGUGAGUUAGCAAGCAGUUAGAAUCAGGGGCGGAACCAGGGGUGGGCGAGCCGGUGCCGGCGCCACCCCUUCGCCGGAGUGAUUAAGGUAUAUAUAGGUUUAAGUCAUGUGGCGCCCCGGGUCGUCUUCUACCUUCUUCUCCCGUUUUCCUCUGUUGUUUUGCGAAUUGCCUUGUUGCGAUGCUAUGUUUCCGGUUGCUUAUGUUUUCACUUAAUCCAAACGGCAUCGUUUGGUUAAGUUAUAGGAGUACUAAAAUUAAGAACGACAUCGCAGGAGCCUUAGCUAUUGCGUUACUUGCGUCCAAACGGGCAGACCUAAUUUGCUAAUUGGGCUUUGAAAACUUAAGAGAGAAAUUUGAGAAGAGUCAAUAUUUUUGCAUGCUUGCUCGACCUGCUCGUUUCAACAAUUCAGCCACUGAUGCAGCCAUGCAGGGAGCAUAAUUCCAACAAUAAAACCAACAAUUCGGAGUAUAAUUUCAAAAUUUCUGAAUUGUUAAUUUGCUUUAGGCUUUUAACAAUUAAGCUUGUGUUAGAGUGUGUCUUGUUUACUCAAUUACUUCCUAUUUUAUUUCUUGAUUUUAAAUUUAUUUUAAUGGUCUUUAAUUUGUUUACUGAUUUACUAAUGUACUUAAUUACCUUAGUUUUUACCUAAGUUAGUUCUUUAAUUUACUUACUUAAGCUAUCUACCAUUUUAAAUAACUCAGAUCAGUAAAAAUGACUAUGAUUCACAUCACAUACUUUGUAUGUUAUAUGUGAACUUAAGAUUUUACUACCUCCGUCCCAGGGACAAGUUCUCACUUUUCUUUUUUGGCAGUCCCAAUAAAAAGUUCUCAUUUCCCUAAAUGGAAAGUUAUCCUACAUCAAAACAGUGCAAAACAGUGUCAAACAGUGUCGAAACAGUGUCAAACAGUGUCGAAACAGUGCCAAACAGUGUCGAAACAGUGCCAAGCAGUAAAAUUUACCCCUCAGUAACUUUAUUUCCUUAAUAUGUGUGAAAGUCAACCCGGGAACUUCUCCCUAGGACGGAGUAUAAUUUUAUAAUUUGGAACGGGAGAAGGGGCAAAUAAGUCCUCGAACUAACCAAAAAAGUGCAAAUAACCCCUUAUAUAGGAGACUCUGUCCGGAUGUCGUCAUUUUGGGAGUUUCUUGGUGGAAUUUUUUAAUGAUCUUCGUCAUUAAGUCUAGUUUAGCCAUACCUAAUUUCAGCUAAAAAUUCAACCGUGAAGGUACUCAAAUGAUUUUCUGAAAUAUACUGUGUUGUUCAACUAGCAGUUAUCUUCAAAAAUUCAUUUGACUACCUUCCCGAUUGAAUUUUUAGCUGAAAUUGGGUAUGGCUAAACUAGACUUAAUGAAUAAGAUGCUCAAAAAAUUUCAUCAAAAAUUUCCACCAGAAACCUCCCUAAAUGGCGACACCCGGACAGAACAUCCUAUAUAAGGGCUUAUUUGCACUUUUUUGGUUAGUUCGAGGGCUUAUUUGCCCCUUUUCUCAUUUGGAACUUAUGAUUUAAUAAUUUGCCAGAUUGCAUGCCUAUGUUAUAUUACAAUUUGUAAGAAGGGGGUGAUGGUUCUUCUAAACGAGGUAACGAAGAAAUUACGAUAUUUUUAUUUGAACUAAUUUCAGUUCCAAAUGAGAACCAAUCAGACUAGACUUAACAUUUCAAACCACACUCCAUAGUUGUAAAAUACACAUAUAGACCAAACAUCUACAUGGUCAGACUUAAACAACCAAAUCAGAUCAGAAAAUUCUAGUCCAUUUAAAAUCAUCCCUAAUAGGGGAAAAAUCUCGUUUGGAAUUCUUAGCCACCCCUAAAAAAUUGUUCUAGUUUCGCCACUGGUUAGAAUAAAUUAUACUACGUGGAAUAGAGGACUUGAGAAGUGGUAGGGUCGGAUACCCGACCGAGUAUAUAGAGUACCUAAACGGGUAUCCUCAGCGGUAGCAUGGAAGUCAUACUCGAACGAGUGUGUCAGCAUACUUGAUCAGAUAUAAAGACAAAUUUGAUAAAAUAUCCCUGCAUAUUAAUUGUUAUCUGGAUUUUAUUUUGACACCUGAAUCACGUCAAUAAUCGAUCGGGUACCGUAUAGGAAAGGUCUUGAUACUCUCUCACUCUCAACAUAUUAUAAAUAUGAAUUUAGUAAGUAUGUCGCUUUAUUAUUAUAGAAAUUGCUCUAAAUAUGAAUAAAACUUAAAAAAAUACACAAAUAGGUCUAUAUAUGUUUUAUUUGAAAUGAAAGGUAUUUGAUCCGAUUAGAAGUAUACAUAAAACUUCCACUAUUAUGCUACUUGCAAUGUUAGGGGUGCAUGGAAGUCCCAUAUUAGAGCAUCUCCAAUAGAAAUGUGGAUUGGAGAGCUUUAAAUGUAGACUCAUCAAUACUUAAACAGGUUGUUAACGAUUAAGUGGGAAUGAGUUGUGAAAAUAGACAGUUAAACUAAAACCCGUUCUCCAAUGCAACCGUGGGUUUUCCGACGGUGCUCCUUUUAUUUGCUGCAAAAUAAAAGAGAAUUGAAAUAAAAUUGAAUUAAGAUAACUCCGUACAAAUUUGCUGUGUCAUAGCCUCUGAAAGGCUUUCUGAAAUCAGAAAUCCAAAUUGACGGUUUGCAUAUUUUAGAAUGCCAACUCAGACUCACUUUUAAUACCCACAUCCGAAUUGGAGACAAUUUCUUUACUUCUACCUCAAUUCUAUUCAUGUGGCACUCCAUUCUUUGGCAAAUGUACCAAUGCGGUCACCACAUCCAUUAGGCACAUUUGCAGCCUUUCAAAAACAGACAUGCCAAUUAAAAAUCUUAAAGUUGUAGCAUCAACUACUGGAGAAUACGUCUCAUCAUAAUCGAUUCCUGGCAUUUCAGAAAAACCUUGGGCAAUAAGUCGGGCUUUGUAUCUAACGAUUUCAUUUUUCUCAUUGCGUUUAUGCACAAAAACCCAUUUAAAACCGACAGGUUUUACGCCUUUUGGCGUAUGGACUAUUGGUCCAAAAACAUUACGUUUUUCUAGCGAUUUUAAUUCUACCUGAAUUGCUUCAUUCCAUUUUGGCCAAUCAUUUUUACGACGACAUUCGUCAAUCGAUUUAGCCACGAAUCGAUAAACAAGUAAUUGGAGAAGAGAGAUAAACUAAAGCAAUUCAAAACUAGCUAAGACCGAGAUGGUCGAAGUAUGUGGAUUCACAAAAGAUAAACAAGCCUGGUGCCUUUAUUUAUGUAAUUGGUAUUAUAUAUGUACUCAUGUUUGUUCUGGUUGGCUUUUCUCAACAUGACAGGUCCUAUCAAAACCACAAACAUUGGAGGGUAUGGACUACAAUUUUUUCUUCAAUAUGCAGCAUUCUCUUUGAAGGAUGAUAAUCUGGCUUUUCCACCUUGUUUGAUCGUAUUACUUAUUCAUGUCCUUUUAUAGUGGUAGUAAAUAAGUCUAUUUGUGGGGCAAGCUAGGUGUGGCGUUGCUUAUUGAACAACAUAUUGUCAUUUCUAAUUCUUUCUAUUUGAGUGUGCAGCUUUCCUAUUGUCUGACAUUAAGUUACUGCAAUAUUUCAUUCUUAUUAUUAUGUUUCUAAGUGUGUGUUUCUUAUUGUUUAUUUGUUUUCCUCUUUUGAAAAGUAUAUUGAUCAUAUAGGCGUGAACAUGGACUUUGCUCUGCAGGAAUGUUAACUUCAGUUGAUGAUUCCAUAUUUUUCUUAUCAACUAGAUUUUUACUAAAAAAUAACUUGUUUUAGUGUAUACAUAUGAUCUUUCUCAUACUCCAUAUGUAAACUACCAGAUCAUGAUACCUUUAGGCUCAUCUAUUCAGGAAUAUUAUUUAUUUCAUAUGGUGAAAGUUCUGGUUGGAAGCAAGAGAAAACUUAAUUAGAAAUGAAAACCAGAACAUGAAAGGCUAGCAACAAUAUAAGUUGUAAAAACAGGGGACUUUCUGAAACUUCCUGUCCCUCUUUGCUUUCAGGGGAGCCAAACAGGGCACGUUCUGACUCAAGGCAUGGCAGGACCUUGCAAGGAAUUCUGGAGGCCCCCCUUGGAAGAUUGCAAGAGUAGGGUGCUGCUAUAGCUGGAUUGGUAAAUGAUUAUAUUCAUUUUUUUUGCUAUUACUGAGCAUUUUUCUUGUAUUAUGUGACCCCCUUGAUCUUUUUUAUGAGCUGUGAGCAGGUUGGGGAUGCAUCUGAUGCCCAUCCCGGCAUGCCACAAUUUGCUGAACUGGGUUUUGUCCAAGUAUCUGCUGUAGAAUUGUCAGUCGAUCCCUCAACAUCAGACCAGGAAGAACCAACAAGUGAUGGUGAUGUACCGUAUUUUUCUGACAUUGAAGCUAUGGCUAUUCUUGACCAUUUCAAUUGCUUAUAAGAUUAGACGCUUCCAGGAAGGUCGUGUUAAAGGUAUUCAAACUAUUUAUCCUAGGUAUUUUUCUUCAAGGUAAAUGAGUUCUUGGACCAAUCUGCUAAUUAUCCAUCUUUCUAUUUUAUGUGGUCAUUCUCAAUUUCCAUUCAUUUACCCAAUUCAAUUGGCAUCUCUAGGUUAAGGAGUAACGCCUUUUACGCUUCCCAUCCAGGAUAUUGAUUUGCAGACUAAUUUCAGUUGUCAUAUUUAUUAAGAUUGAGAUAUAUGGUAUAUUACCAACGUGAUAACUUUAACAAUAAUCUUACGGGUUAAUUGUGCCAGAAGAGGGGAUCCAGGACCGGCCUGUAAUUCAGCAGCAAUGAUCGUUCGUUACAUCCUCAUGAUGUAUAGGAAGUUGAGUAGUUAUUCCCUUUAAAUUUUAUAACUCUUAACUAACAUACGAAGUAUAUUGUACUUGGUGUGUAUGCAAAAAUAACAGGAAUGCAGAAUAUCCAAUCCACCCUCGUGGUGUAGGGCUCCCUUUGAACCUAGAGGUAUUUUAAGGAUGUGUUAAUCAGUUAAAUGUAAGCUGCUCUUCCAUUCCCUCUGAACAGUUCGCUAAUGGCCGCAGGUGUACACGAGCACCUUACGAGAUGAGGCUAAGUGGAGGAAAUUGAUGAGAUUCGUGAUAGAUGGGCAAUAUAUUUUUGUGACAAUUUGUUGUAAACUCCAUAUCGUAUUAAGAAUGUAUUAACAAUAUAAUUUUUGUUGUAUCGAACUCCAAUAAUGUUUGUGAUUUUUGGAUUGUUAGGAUGGUUAUAAAUAAAGGUUUUGUGUGGAUGUUU